AUGUUUGUUCAAGAUCAGCGGGUAGCGGCGGUAACAGCAGUGAGCGCCGUAACGGCUGUAUCGGCGGCGGGUAGCGGCGGUAACGGCCGUCAGGACAGCAGGGGCGGCUCGGACGGGGACGCGCUGCUGCCCUACCCGCCGUCCCGCCACGGCCCGCGGCACCCGCACCGGCACGUCAGGGACUGCCAGCCCCACGAGCAUGGCAACGCCACCUACGAGUCGUGGCCCGGCGACGCCACCGCCGACGGGCCCGUGGCCACCACGCGAACGUUUGUGUCUUACGUGCCCGCGGCGGGCGACAGCCGCAAGGUGGUCUACGGGCACUUCACUUUUGCGAGGAACCCCCUGAGGACGCUGUCCGUGCUGGAGCCCGGGGGCGCCGGYGGCUGCGGCGCUCACCGCAGAGCCCCCGUGGAGGAGACGGCGAGGCUCGGCCAGUGCCUGGUGGCCCAGAACGGCGGCUACUUCGACAUGGCCACGGGGGAGUGCCUGGGCAACGUGGUGAGCGACGGACGGCUGGUGAGGAACGCCCGCGGGCUGCAAAACGCGCAGUUCGGCAUCCGCAAGGAUGGCACCAUGGUGUUCGGUUACCUGUCUGAGGAAGAUGUCUUGGAUCAAGAGAACCCUUUUGUGCAGCUCGUGAGCGGGGUGGUUUGGCUCUUGAGGAACAGGGAAGUGUACAUCAAUCAGAGUCGACUGGCUGAGUGUGAUGAGACUCAAACCACAGGAACCUUUGACAAGUUCAUCAAUGUGAUAUCAGCCCGGACUGCGGUGGGACAUGACAGUCAGGGGCAGCUGGUGCUGGUGCACGUGGAUGGACAGACAGAAUCCAGRGGGCUUAACCUCUGGGAAAUGGCCRACUUCUUGAGGCAGCAAGGAAUCAUCAACGCCAUCAACCUGGACGGAGGAGGCUCCGCAACGCUCGUCCUGAACGGCACCCUCGCCAGCUACCCCUCCGAGCACUGCUCCUUCGACAACAUGUGGCGCUGCCCGCGGAGCAUCUCCACGGUGCUGUGCGUGCACGAGCGGGYGUGCGAGCCGGCGGGCUGCGGCGCCCACGGGCGCUGCGUGCGCGGCACCUGCCUCUGCAGCGGCCCCUUCCGCCGCGGCGCCGCCUGCGACCUCCUYGACUGCGGCCCGGCCAACUGCAGCCUCCACGGCACCUGCACCGACUCUGGAUGCGUGUGCGACGCUGGCUGGACUGGCAGCAACUGCAGUGAAGUUUGUGCUAGUGGCUUCUUCGGGGCCGCCUGCACCGAGAGAUGCCUGUGCCAGAACGGGGGCCUGUGCGACCCCGUGCACGGCACCUGCUCCUGCCCCGCUGGCUACUACGGCACCAGCUGCGAGCACGCAUGUCCCCUGGGCUGGUAUGGGCCAAACUGCCAGGAACUCUGUGCCUGUGAACACACGUGUCCCUGCGACCGACAGACGGGCAGCUGUAACAUCACCUAUGAUGCGGCAACACAGGACCAGUUAAACAGAGCUGGGCAGUGUCUGGCUUCCCUGAACAAAGAGAAAUUCUCUCUGUCACAAAGAACCUGGAUCGCCAUAACCACCAUCUUGGCUCUGCUUCUUGCAAUUAGUGCUCUGGGAAACAUAGGCCUUUUUCUCAAAGCAAGGUCAGAGAGGCAGCCUGAGAGCGGGAACUACCACUACCAGCCCCUGAGGGAGAUGAACGGAGAAGCGAGUCACGGCACUGCCUGCGAGGCAGAGGAUGCUCAGGACCAAAGCCUAGCCCUUCUUUAAGGCCGUGGCAGGAAAGAARCAUAAGGAACCUGUGUGCUCUGCUCAGCUACGUGACCUGCUACUAGGGACCAGAAGGAAGUUGCUGUCCCCAUGUGGAGAGCGCAGCAGCCCAGCACGACACAGCCCARCAAUGGCCUGGGCUCGGCCUUGUCAGAGUCUGGUCCCCACCUGCUCCAGGCCGUGCUCAAGCCCGAGUGUGUCACAGUCUGCCCAGGCACUGUAAGAACUGCCCUUACCCCCUCAGAGAGCGUGGCUGCCACCGGGGAGCUGGGGCCACGGACAGUAUUUCAAGCAACAGCUCAGCUGAGAAUUAACCAUUUGCCUGGAAUACAUCCUUGCACAAUACAUUAAAAAAUACUUAAAUCGGCUUCCUUGUGAAGAAAGCUAGCCUUUAACAUGCCACCAUAGUGCUGCAAAUUAGGGUUUUUUAAGCCUAUCUGAGCCUGAACAGUAAAAUGUAGUAUGCACUUCUUUCUCUUCAAGUAAAAUAUAUGUAAUUCUUGUGCCGCGGUUGGCAUCAAAUCAACGUGUACACUGAAGAUUCUAUUUUUUUAUUAUUUACAGAAGACUAUUUGAUACUUGAAUAAACUCA